AGUGAUGCCCCGCUAUUGCGCAGCGAUUUGCUGUAAGAACCGCCGGGGACGAAACAGUAAAGACCGGAAGCUGAGUUUUUACCCUACCGUGAUGAAUAGAAACAGCAAGAAUGGGCAUCCUUGCCUUGUUCCAGAUCUUAGAGGAAGAGAUUUCAGUUUUUCACCAUUGAUUCUGGUGUUACCUAUGGAUUUUUCAUAUACAGCAUUUAUUGUGUUGAGAGCAGUGGCAUCACACGUGCUUGGGAAGAUUCAGAGUAGAACAUCUCCUGUGAUAUGCCUCACCCCAUCUUUCCACCCUCAAGUCACGAAUGAAGACAAUGUGACAUGCUGAUGAUGAUAAACUGAGGCACAAAGAGGUUACAUAACUUCUCCAAAGUCAAACAACCAGAUUUUUGGACCCAAUGAUCUGACACCAGAGCCCUGGCCCUCACUAUACUGAAGGAAUCUAUGGCAGCAUUGAAAGGACAGCAGCUACAGGGUGUGUUGCUGGGGAAGACUCAGGACUCUUGAUUCAAACACCAUGUUACUGCUUAGAAGCUGUGUGACCAGGAUCAAGUCAUUAAACUCGAAGAGGAAAUUACACCCACUUUCAGAACUGUUAAGCAUUCCAAAUUGCCCCCAUGCUGAACCGUGACUGUAAAAAUAACGGAGAAAUCUCAGAUGUGUAUAUAAUUUGAAAGAGUCUCACAUAAAAGAUGUCUCUUCAGAUAUUCUUGUAGCUUUUUACAAGAACUUGGUAGACCCCACUUCAUUCCAGUAGACAAGAUUCUAAGGCUCAGGGAGAGCACCUUACAGGAGAAAUCUAUUAAUUCAGUGGAAUCGGCCCAAGUAUUCUGCAUCAGCCGGCCAAUACAGAAUCCAGGUAAGCCCUCCUGUUCAUGAGGAGUGGGAAAGCUUGGCUGCAUGGGGGCCAGAGCACGGGGAACUAAGCAACAGGGCUUUGGAAACCACAGCAAGCAAGAUCUCCAUGUGUGGCCGAGAGUGAGCUGCAACGCCAGCAGACUUGUCAGCCCUCAACAUGGAGGCUCCAACAUGAAGAAGCCACAGACCAAAAGACCUCUUUGGGGGUCACCCAUAAACAUUCUCAUCCACUCAUAUGAUCAUGGAGGGGGUGACGGACCUAUACAAUCAACUGAGAUUGGAUCUCCAGCCAACUCAGAUCUUAGUUUCCUGACCAAGGAUUGAACACGUACUCUUGGCAGUAAAAGCUUGGCGUCCUAACCACUGCACCACCAAGGAAUUCCCUGUAUAGACACGUGCGGCCAUCUACACUGCAAGAUCUCACUUCCACCGGCUUUGGAUAUUCCGGGGAUUUGCAAUGCCGCCACCUGUGGACAUCGUCAAGGUGGCCAUAGAAUGGCCUGGCGCCUACCCCAAGCUCAUGGAAAUCGACCAGAAAAAACCACUGUCUGCAAUAAUAAAGGAAGUCUGUGAUGGGUGGUCCCUUGCCAACCAUGAAUACUUUGCACUGCAGCAUGCUGAUAGUUCAAACUUCUAUAUCACAGAAAAGAAUCGCAAUGAAAUAAAAAAUGGCACUAUCCUUCGAUUAACCACAUCUCCAGCUCAAAACGCCCACCAGCUCCAUGAACGAAUCCAGUCGUCGAGUAUGGACGCCAAGCUGGAGGCCCUGAAGGACUUGGCCAGCCUCUCCCGGGAUGUCACGUUUGCCCAGGAGUUUAUCAAUCUGGAUGGCAUCUCUCUCCUCACGCAGAUGGUGGAAAGCGGCACUGAACGAUACCAGAAAUUGCAGAAGAUCAUGAAGCCUUGCUUUGGAGACAUGCUGUCCUUCACCCUGACGGCCUUUGUGGAGCUGAUGGACCACGGAAUAGUGUCCUGGGAUACGUUUUCGGUGGCAUUCAUUAAGAAGAUAGCAAGUUUUGUCAACAAGUCAGCCAUAGACGUCUCCAUCCUGCAGCGGUCCUUGGCCAUUCUGGAGUCCAUGGUGCUCAACAGUCAUGACCUCUACCAGAAGGUGGCGCAAGAGAUCACUAUUGGCCAACUCAUUCCCCAUCUUCAAGGGACAGAUCAAGAAAUCCAAACCUAUACCAUUGCAGUGAUCAAUGCACUUUUCCUGAAGGCUCCUGAUGAGAAGAGGCAGGAGAUGGCGAAUAUUUUGGCUCAGAAGCAACUGCGUUCCAUCAUCUUAACACAUGUCAUCCGAGCUCAGCGGGCCAUCAACAAUGAAAUGGCACACCAGCUGUACGUGCUGCAGGUGCUAACCUUUAACCUUUUGGAAGACAGGAUGAUGACCAAGAUGGAUCCCCAGGACCAGGCUCAGCGGGACAUCAUAUUUGAACUUCGAAGAAUUGCUUUUGAUGCAGAGUCUGAACCAAAUAACAGCAGCGGCAGCAUGGAGAAGCGCAAGUCCAUGUACACCCGGGAUUAUAAAAAACUUGGCUUCAUUAAUCAUGUCAACCCUGCCAUGGACUUUACCCAGACACCUCCUGGGAUGUUAGCUCUGGACAAUAUGCUCUACUUUGCCAAGCACCACCAGGAUGCCUACAUUCGGAUUGUGCUUGAGAACAGUAGCCGAGAAGAUAAGCAUGAAUGUCCCUUCGGCCGCAGUAGUAUAGAGCUGACCAAGAUGCUGUGUGAGAUCUUGAAAGUGGGCGAGCUGCCUAGUGAGACCUGCAACGAUUUCCACCCGAUGUUCUUCACCCACGACAGAUCCUUCGAGGAGUUUUUCUGCAUCUGUAUCCAGCUCCUGAACAAGACAUGGAAGGAAAUGAGGGCAACCUCUGAAGACUUCAACAAGGUAAUGCAGGUGGUGAAGGAGCAGGUUAUGAGAGCUCUUACAACCAAGCCUAGCUCCCUGGACCAGUUCAAGAGCAAACUGCAGAACCUGAGCUACACCGAGAUCCUGAAAAUCCGCCAGUCUGAGAGGAUGAACCAGGAAGAUUUCCAGUCUCGCCCGAUUUUGGAACUAAAGGAGAAGAUUCAGCCAGAAAUCUUGGAGUUGAUCAAACAACAACGCCUGAACCGCCUCGUGGAAGGGACCUGCUUUAGGAAACUCAACUGCCGGCGGAGGCAAGACAAGUUUUGGUAUUGUCGGCUUUCACCAAACCACAAGGUCCUGCAUUAUGGAGACUUGGAAGAAAGUCCUCAGGGAGAAGUGCCCCACGAUUCCUUGCAGGACAAACUGCCGGUGGCAGAUAUCAAAGCUGUGGUGACGGGAAAGGACUGCCCUCAUAUGAAAGAGAAAGGUGCCCUUAAACAAAACAAGGAGGUGCUUGAACUUGCUUUCUCGAUCUUGUAUGACUCAAACUGCCAGCUGAACUUCAUAGCUCCUGACAAGCAUGAGUACUGUAUCUGGACAGAUGGGCUGAAUGCGCUGCUGGGGAAAGACAUGAUGAGUGACCUGACGAGGAAUGACUUGGACACGCUGCUCAGCAUGGAAAUCAAGCUCCGCCUCCUGGACCUGGAAAACAUUCAGAUCCCCGACGCACCUCCACCCAUCCCCAAGGAGCCCAGCAACUAUGACUUUGUCUAUGACUGUAACUGAAGCGCCUGGGGCCCAGAAGCUCCCCCUCCAAAACUGGAAGAGCUAGCUAACAGGAGAGAAGAAUGAAAACGCUCCCAUGCCUUGGAAUCCGCCGUGGUAGAGGAAAGCUGUGGUCCACAUUUCCUUUGGCCCCAGCGCCUCUAGCCCCGGCGUCUUCCUGCCCCUCCCUGGCGUCCUGCUCACCGCCCUGAUUCCAUUUCUAGACUCCGUUGCUUUAGGUCACCUCCCGUUGCUGCAGCCUAAGGUGGGAGAAAAGCAAAACCCACCGCCAGUAAGAGAGCCAGAGGGCCCUUCCAUCUUCAUCCCAGCAGGCAAGCCCUCCCCUCCUGGAGGCUGAAAGCCAGCAGCACCAGACCGCCCCCAAACCUACAGCCAGACCCAGGGGUGUGCCCGAGGCCUGUGUCUGGAAGAAACAGUCGAGCUGCUUGAGGAAACCAAACACCUCCUCAUUCCCCUGCUGUCUAGAGUCCGCUCACAUCACCAUGUGAAUUGAAAUCUGCUUCCAAACCCCCUCCCUCCCGCAUCCCGGCCUUUGCCUGCCCUGUCCCUCUCUGGUCCCAAGAGCAGCAGAGGCAGCUUCUUUCUAGUUCUCGCCAGCGCUGGGUCUCCAGACACAGUCCGUGGGUCCCAUGGCCACUUCACGUCCGCCCUGUGACUGUGACCGCCCUUCCUGCCUCCCAGCUAGUCUUGGCUUUCCUGUCCCCGCCCCAGCCCAGACCUGCCGUCUUCAUUGCCACACACCCUUCCAGCCCCUUAGCUGAAAGCACAAAUGGUGAAAUCAGUCACCUUGCUCCAUCUCUAAUGUACUAAAUCUAAAAGCCUCGAUGACAGGCAGUUGCUAUCUAAGGGUUUGGUGGUCCUUCUCCUGGUGGUUCUGCUGAACACAGGUUUCCACAGGAUGGUCAUCCAAGUUUACAUCGUUGUAAUUAUUACAGGUAUUGACAGUUUGCAAGGGUUCAGGGUUGUUGGUUUGGUGGGGGGGUGGGUUAUGGUUUUUUUUGGUUCUUUUUUUCUUUGCUUUGUUUUUGUACAAAAGAGUCUAACAUUUUUUGCCAAACAGAUAUAUAUUUAAUGAAAAGAAAAGAUACAUAAAGGUGUGUACUUUCCAGGGUUUUUUUUUUUUUUUUUUAAUUAUUUGAAUCCUAAACCUCUUCCUGAGAAUAACAUUCCCCUAAACAUGCUGUGGAAUAAAAUUAAUCGUGAUGA